UGUCUACUUCCUACCCACAUUGAGCUUCCUGUGUUUGGAGAUCUGAAGAUCUGAAAAUGCCAGAGCCAGCGAAGUCCGCCCCCGCCCCGAAGAAGGGCUCCAAGAAGGCCGUGACCAAGGCGCAGAAGAAGGACGGCAAGAAGCGCAAGCGCAGCCGCAAGGAGAGCUACUCGGUGUACGUGUACAAGGUGCUGAAGCAGGUUCACCCCGACACCGGCAUCUCUUCCAAGGCCAUGGGCAUCAUGAACUCGUUCGUCAACGACAUCUUCGAGCGCAUCGCGGGCGAGGCGUCGCGCCUGGCGCAUUACAACAAGCGCUCGACCAUAACGUCCCGGGAGAUCCAGACGGCCGUGCGCCUGCUGCUGCCCGGGGAGCUGGCCAAGCACGCCGUGUCCGAGGGCACCAAGGCCGUCACCAAGUACACCAGCUCCAAGUGAAGUGACCGUGCCAAGAGGAGUAGACCCGAAGUCUCUUCCUCCGCUCAUCAGUGCUGGAUGUUGUUUCAUCUGACAAACGAGACAAGGGAAAUGGAGGGCAAUGGGCGAUACCAGCAGACUAAUGGCCGUAUUGAAUUUCACAACUCGAGGAACAAGUGAUAAACAUCUGGCUAAAGAUUCCAUAGAAAAUGCUCACCGUAGACGUUUGUGAUAGGAAAAACACACAUGCAUAGAAAAUGAAAAUACUCCCAGCUAAAAAAAGCUUUUAAGUGUUGGUGAUAUGUGAAUAUAUACUGUACAUAUAAUAAAAAAUAUCAUGUAAAGCAAAUAUGCAUCCUACGUAUGUAAUUUUAAUUAACUAAAUAUGAUUAGAAAUUACUAUAUGUGGAGGUAUAAUGUUUUAUUUACAAAUGAAUCACUACUUUUGUAACUAGUUUUGUAUUUUUGGGUUAAUCUGCAUCUCUAUUUUUUGGAAUAUAGAUCAUGCAAAUUGUAAAUCUUCAUUUAUAAAUCUUUUAUUUAUAAACCUUUUUCUUCUUAAGAGGGAAAACUUAGGUCAACCACCUGAAAGACACAGGCUAAGGGUGUGGCUAGAGGGCAUGCCUGUCAUGUGCGAGGCCCCAUGCUCCAUCCCCUGCAGUAGUGUGUGAGAAGAAAAAGAAAGAAGAGAAAAAUGAAGGCAGGCAUGAUGGUGGUCAGCUGUACCCCCAUGGCUGCCUGAGGAGGCUGAAACAAGAAGACUGGGAAUAGAAGGGCGGCUUGGGCUACAUAGUACUACACUGUGAAACACAAAUGACCUGGACACGUCUGGGCAUAUGUGAUUUUUUUUUAAAUGGUUAUUUUCACUUGCCUUGGGCAAACUAUGAAUCCAAGUGUUUUUUCUGAAUUUUCAAUUAUAGAAUCUAAGAAUUCAUUAUAUUUGUCACUUCCGUGUUACUUUUAAAGCAAUAGACUAAUAUGCUCUGCCAAUCUGUAAAGGUCUACUUGAUGACUGUAUAGCAUUGACAGUUAAUGGUCCAGAAAGUUGGUCUGUGAAAAAGGGUCAGAGAGACCAAAGUGAUGUCAAAUUUAUAGUUGCUCAGAGAGACGAACCUGUUUUCACAGGGAAGGGCACAGUGCACUGGCAAGGUGGAAAUUAGUCUCAUGGCUCUCAACUGGUAGUUUUGUUUUA